AUGAAGUUCGCUACCACUGCCGCUGCCCUUCUCCUUGCCGGCUCUGCCGUUGCCUCCCCUCUUUCACAGCGCGUUGCUCGCCGCAACAGACAUGGUAUCAGCCGUCCCAACGCCCGUUUGACUGGUACUCGUUUGGCCCAGAAGAACGAUGACCAGAGCACCAACUGGUCAGGUGCUGUCUUGGUCAGCAACGGAUUCACCAAGGUCUCCGGAAGCGUCGUUGCUCCCACUCCUUCCAUCCCCAGCGGUGGUGACGACAGCACCCAGUACUGCGCCAGUGCCUGGGUCGGUAUCGACGGUGACACCUGCCAAAGCGCUCUCUUGCAGACCGGUUUCGACUUCUGUAUCCAGGGUGGCUCCGUCUCCUACGACUCCUGGUACGAGUGGAUUCCCGAUAACGCCUACGACUUCUCCGGCAUCGACAUCUCUGCCGGCGACACUAUCGAGAUGAGUGUCGAGGCCACCAGCACCACCAGCGGUGUCGCCACCAUCACCAAUCAGUCCAACGGUCAAUCCGUUUCUCACACGUUCACCUCCAGCGAGGUUCAGAGCACUCUCUGCCAGACCAACGCUGAGUGGAUCGUCGAGGACUUCACCAUCAUUAGCGGCGGAUCCCAGUCUCUCGCUCCUUUCCCUGCCUUUGACACUGUCACCUUCACUGAUGCCAGUGCCACCAGCGGUUCUGGUGACGUCGACACCUCUGGUGCUGAUCUGAUUGACUUGGUCGAUUCCAGCGGCAACGUCGUCACCACUGCCAGCGCCUCUGGUAACCAGGUUGUUGUUACUUACAAGUAA